AUGGAAAAUCGAUGUCCAAUGGUUUUGAUGUUUACCGAGGGAAGCGAGGUCAGGAGAUUGACCUUUGCCCCUGGCGUGAUUUUCGACCAAUCCAAAGAAAGCUCUAGCUGUAUAGAUUCAUUGGCUUAUACGUUGCAUAUUACGAUGAUACAGCGGUAGUAACUUACACAAAACUUGUCUUAUUUCAUAAUAGGAGAACGUCGAUCGUAAACGACCUGUCGAUAACGCCAUAAGAAUAUUUCAGGCAUUUGACACUCAAGGUAGCAAAACUUAUAAUUCAUCUCUUCAUACAGUAAUGCAAUUUAACGCAGGCACUUGGAUGUUUAUAUUAUGUAUUUCCCUCCUAAUAUUUCAUUACAGAGAAUGGCUUUAUUGAACGAAACAAAUUAAAAGAUGUAUUAGAAGCACUGGAACUAGAGUCAGACCCAGACUAGUAAGUAAGCUAUUGAUACAGGACUUUAUUCGCACUUAAUUUCGCGCGACUUUAUUUUCGCGAUUGUAAAAAAACCGCGAAAUUAAAAUCGCGCUAAUAAAAAACCUCGCGAAUUUGCACACACGAAAUUAAAUACCCUAGUCAAAAAUGUGAAUCAUAAAAUUCUUGAAAAAUAUGAUCAUAAUUUUGCUCUGUUAUCGGCGAUAAAGAUGAGCAAAAACGUGAAGGUACGUUUACACGCUGCGAUUUGUCUGGCCGAUUUUGCUCGCUGUAUGUAGAUAACCUGUCGUGAUUACUCGCGUCAGCACCUUGCGAUUCACAAAAUCGGGAGAAAAAUCUGUAACAAAACACAGAUUUUUCUCACGAUUCAACGAUUUUUCUUCCGUUGUAAAGUUGUUGAAAACUUUUCGCACGCAGAAAACUAUAAUACGAACAGACGAGAGAGCGGACAGCUUCAAUUGAACGUUUAAAUCGCUAAAUGUCGAAGAAGGGGCAUCAAUUAUUUACCAAAAUCGAUAUCGGCCCGACAAGUCGCAGCGUGUAAAUGUAGCUUUAUACGGACUACCGUAUACAAACAAAAAGUAUAUACCUUAUGUUGACUUGUUCCGAAAGUUGUAGUUCAGAUUUUUGUAGAAAAUAAAAUGUUGUUUCGAAAGCUUUCGCGAAAUUUAAUGCCCUUUUUCUAUUUUCAUUUAUCAAAAUCGCGAAAAUAAAAUCUCGCAAAAUAUUGCGAAGAUAAAGUCUCGCGAAAUAUUGCCUCUGAAAAAUCGCGAAAUUAAGUAUACGAAUAAGAUAGUAGAGUGUGAAUCCUGCUUUUGUCGCCAUUUUUUGCGCGUAAUUUUUCCCUCUGUCCGCACGACUUCGAAUUAAUUCCUUGUGUUUUUUUGCUUUUCAAAAUGUAGUGUUAGUUUUAUGGAGUCGUGUUUGGAUCCAGAUUCUUCAGGGAUUAUUUUACUUCACACUUUCUUGCAAAUGUUUUACCCAAAAGAGGUUUGUAGAGGUACUUGAUAGCUGUUUGACCUAGACACUAGGUUAAUAGAUUUAUUUUCAUAUUUGUUUAUUUCAAAAUUUAUUCGAUAGUUCCUUUCAAAGGCAACGGAACGGGGGGGCGCUAAAAGUAGGAAAAAGGGGGAUAAUUCGUUCCAAAGAUCAAUUUAUCGUUUAUAAAAUAUUCAUAAUUCCCCGUUAUGUGGCUUGAAACAGUUGUUUUAGGUGGUUAACAAGCCACAUAACGGGGAAUUAUGAAUAUUUUAUAAAUGAUAAACUGAUCUUUGGAACGAAUUAUCCCCCUUUUUCUAUUUUUAGCGCCCCCCCCCCCGUUCCGUUGCCUUUGAAAGGAACUAUCGAAACGCCGAGGUUUUCCAUGUCAAAUUUUCUUCAGAACAAUUCAGAACGCAGAAAAUGCCAAAGAGACUCUAGAUUUCACUUUUUCGGUGAGCAAAGGUUCCCACUAGAAUUUUGAAUACGAGGCGUUUUGAAAGAAAUGGGUACCACUGACCAAGGACGAAGGAGGUCUGAGGGCGUCUUCAGGUUGUGAGAUUUUAAAAUUUAGACCCUCAUGUAAAAUUAUGUUAUAAAAGCAGGAAACCUUUCCAUUGGUAUUUUGUGGUAAGGAGGAAAUAUUUGCGUUAUAAUUUCGAGAAAUAACCGUCGACUGCCUACGGUAUAGACGACGAAAAAUCGCCGAGUGCUGGAUUCUAUUUGGAACCCUGGGGAGCAUGCAUGCCCCCAGACCCACCCAGAGUUUGUUUAGCCCUCAACCAGACAAAUCGUCGGCCACCUAUGAGUUCAUUUCAGAAUUUAUUAUCUCGAUCGUUUGUGAUUGGGUAAUGACGUAUUGUUCGAAGUUUAUCACAAAAUUUUGGAACAAUGUCAUUUUCGUACUGUGCAUUUCUAUAGCGCAAAUUAACUAAUCGCUUACUGCGCCUAGAUUGUGAUAUUACUUUCACAAUAUUGUGAUAUUCACAACGAUUGUGAUAUUACUUUCUUAACUGUGCGUAUCUUAACCCACCCUGUCAACUUUCCCUGUGGGAGCUAGAAAUCGGGAUAAAACCACGACUUUCUGCAGAGCUUUGACUGUCUCUUUUCACAUGAGUGGACAGCAAGAGAAUCGAACCCACGCUCUCGUAGUUGUCAAUAUGGGUAUAGUUGUCAUUUCCAGUAGGGGUGCACCGGAUUUGGAAUUUUCAAAUCCGGCCGGGACCGGAUUUACCGGAUUUGGACAAAAAUUCUGUCCGGAUUUGUCGGAUUUGAGAUAAACCGGUAAUGGGGACAAUUGGGGAUAAAUCAGUAUUCAAAAUGACGGUUUAUGUUUUUUACUAUUUUUAGUUAGUGUCAGUUUAGAUUUUUGAUUGUGUUUAAACCUUUUUUAAACAUUAAUAUUAAUAUUAAUAUUUUAUAAUAAUAUAAGUGGGUUUUUUUAACUAUAAAGCUGCCAAAUUGAUGGUUUAUCCCUUCUUGGUGAAUUUUUUAAGGUGAAAACAGAAAUUUAAAUCCGGCCGGAUUUUCUCCAAAUCCGGCCGGAUGCCAGAAAAUUCGUUAAAUCCGGCCGGAUUUGAAAUCCCGUGCACCCCUAAUUUCCAGUGUAUAAAAGGUGGCUGUUAGCAUUAUUGUGCACUAAGUAGAUGUAUUUCACUAUUUUUCACCCCGUAUAGAAAGAGAGCAUAUCUGAGCAGUCUGACUUUGCGAGGAGUUUUGCAGUGUAUCAUUACAACGGAUUAGCAAAGUGUUGUGGGAAGGAGGAUAAUAGGAAAAAGGUAACAUUUACCGAUUUACAUGUGGUCAAAUGUACACACAUAUAGUAUACAAAUAAUGAACAUUUAUUACUGCAACUAUGGUAAAAAUACUCGCCUAUCACUUCGUGAAUAUAGAAAAUUCCAUCUUAAAUCUUUCACCCCAUGAAAAUAUUUUUACUUUAUAUUACACCAAUAUAAAUCUCUCUUACUGAAUCUAUUUUUUAUUGAAUUUAAUACAAAACAAAUACAUACAGUACCUGAAUUGCAUGCAUUGUACAAUGUUUAGAAUUAAUAGAAAUCCGAAAAAUAUGUUCCAAAAUAUGUUUCAAUGAAGAGUUCAUUGCAUUCGUUUAAUUUAUCAUUUUGGUAAAAAAUAUUAUUUUUAGUGAUUUUUACACCAGCUGUUAUGCUUCUCACAAAUUUUAUAUAAUUGGGGAAUCAAAUGACCAGAAUUUAAUGAGGGUGUUAUGUAAUACCUUCCUAUACAGUGGCUACAAUUAACUGCUAUCUCUACAGUAGUUAUCUUCUUAUUCUUGUGUUUAGGUUGUAUAUUCUGAAGGCGUGUGUACACUGUUAUCUGGAGAUGUGAUAUGCUUGUCAGAUGGACAAUUUCUUAACUGUUUAAGAACUAAGUGGCCAUAUGUUAUUAUUGACUGGAAAACUGAACCUAAACCAUCUCUUAACUAA